AUGAGAAUAUUGUCCCACAUAAGAGUAUAUUUACCUAAACACAAACAUCAUAUUUAUGACUCCACCAAAGAGGCCCACCCUUCAACCACAUCGUCAAAUAGUUCUUCAUCUGGCUGUACCUCCAUAAUAUUUCCUGACGGAGUUUCUGCAGAAGAAUAUGGGUUACCCCCAAUAACCAAACUAGAAGAUGUUGAUACUUUACAAAGAUUUGAAGUGAUCAGAUAUUUAAACGGAUAUGGUAUAGAAUACGAUUCAAGCAUUCCUGAAGAAAGUUUAAGGAAACUUUUAAAAGACACAAUUGCAUUAGACAAACAAUUUAGUCUAAAGUGUAUAUAA